AUGCUCGAACAAGUCCUUGAAGAAAAUCACAACAACCACCAUAUUUUCACCACUACCGAAGACCACAAAGGGGUUUACUUCCACAAUCAUAUUGUUCAUCAUGAUAUUACUGUCUGGGUCUUGGGCGGAAAGCCAGAAACAAUUCGAUCACAGCAUGAUCGUAAUAGUCUCUACCAGCGAGAAGCUUUCACCAUCCAAGACACACUAGUGAAUGAUUUGAGCGAUCCACUGGUUUUUAAACGGUGUCUUGGCAGAGAGGAGAACUUUAUGAAUUUCUGUCGUUUCUUUGAACACGAGAUCAACCGUAUCGGGUACCAGGCGGUUAUACAAAAGUACCUUGUCAAUGGGACUGCUUUGGCUGAUGAUAUCCUCUGUCGAAUCUAUAUGGGAUACGUGCAUGGCAUUAUUCACAUUGGGAUGGCGUUGGAGUUUAAACAGGCAAGACUAUUAGCCGAGGGAUUUGCUCAAGCCUGUGUGCACCAUGACUGGUGGUAUACAGACUACUUGACAAGUGCAGAGAAACUCUCCAAGCAACAGGUUGAGCCUGCCCUUCCUCUUAGUACUUGUGUGGACAUGGCAAGGUCAAACAAAAAGAUCCGCACCAGCUCAAGUGCGUACUAUCAUUUGCAAAAGCGCAGGAUCACUGGAGAGAUGUGUCUGGAUCUUGAACCAUCCCGCGACGGGGUAUUGAAAAAUGCAGCUCCGGAACUUACUCGUGUCGCUGCUCGAUAUCGCGUUGACCCGAAUGACUUGGAACGAGCCACGGCUGAACUGCAGAAUACAGCAGUGUAUCUCACAGCUGGAGCUCAGCGCCCUCCAUAUAUCUGUGCAUUUGACUUCUUUCUUUUGCACAGCGUCACUUCAAGCAUCGGCCACACCAUGUUCCUUGCAGAACCUUCGCUCAGCAAUGAGCAAAAGGCCCGCCUUCUCGAGUACACCGGUCGGGUUUACUUGAUGUCCUACGCAUCGCAGGGGGCCCCAGAGCUUCGAUUAGACUGGCUUGCAUCACAUGUGUCCAAAUUACCGAACCAAGGAUGGGACGAGGUAUUCGACCGAGCAUGUUACCACGAAGAUGAUGGUCAUAUGGCAAAGCUUAUCCGAUGCAUGGCUCACUCACAGGAUACGUCAAAGCCAUAUAACCACCUUCCUGAAUUCAGGGUCAAACAGCCAGUGUUCUUAACGGCUGGUAUCGCUGCCAUUGAUUCGGCAAGCUUGAAGCCUAUGGACGGAACUAAGCAUUUCGAUUUUGUCCGUGGGGCGGGUUUUGCCGAGGCUUGGGAGAGGUUCCCUAAGCGAGAGGAACCUGCGUCUGUCAGUGCUCAUCUUUGA